UCCGGAUCCCUGGAGGCUCAGCGGCUGUUGGAACUGGAGGUGGAGCCGAGCCCAGGGCCGCCUCGCAGGAGGGAAAGUUCGGCGGCGCCGGGCGGGAGCAGCGUAGCCAAGGGAGCCGGCUCCGCUGUCUGCAGGGUUGCUUGGGGUCCCUUGACCAUGAAUGACAGAUUGAAGAGUUGCCAUGUGGAUCUACAGUCCUCAAUGUGAGAAGCUUUAAACAAUCAUUUCUGUGGCUGGAAUCCUCAAAUGUUCUACUUAAUUGCCUCUGGAGCAUCACCAGUGGUGGCGCUGAGCUGAACACGGUGCUAGCAGAAGGGGGCGGUACUUUCCCUCUGGACCCUGACUUGGAAGCCAAGUGCGACUCCAGCGCAGUCACCGCCAGAAGCAGAUGUGUGAGCGGAGCAGCUGUGCGCCUCUCUUUCUGCCGAGGAUCCCCCUCAUCUUCAGCACAUCAGGAAGACUAUGAUGGAAACAAAAGAAAGAACUUGGAGAUUCCACUUAACUGAUUGUUUCUGCCUAGAGGAUCUUCUCUUGGAAGCAGGAGAGCCUUCUCAUGUAAUGGCUGACUUCCAAAGACAGGCUAUGUUCUAGAAGGAAAUGGAUGGAAUCAGUUCAGGGGACUUCAGCCGCACUGUGUUCUAAACAGAAAAGCCCGUGUUGGGGGCCCUCCUGGUGCCCUGGGAUGUUGCAUACUCUGGACCUGGAUGCAUGGCCCGCACCUGAGUGAGGAUGGUCCGACGCGGGCUGGUGGGGUGGAUUUCCCGGGUAGUGAUUCUGCUAGUGCUGCUCUGUUGUGCCAUCUCUGUUCUCUACAUGUUAGCCUGCACCCCAAAAGGCGACCAAGAGCAGCUGGGACUGCCACGGGCCAAUGGCCCCACAGGCAAAGAUGGCUACCAAGCGGUGCUACAGGAGCGUGAGGAACAGCAUCGCAACUAUGUGAAUAGUCUUAAGCGACAGAUCGCGCAGCUCAAGGAUGAACUGCAGGCACGCAGUGAGCAGCUCCGCAGUGGGCAAGACCAGGCCAGCGAUGCCACCAGCCUGCGGUCAGGCUGGGACCCUGAACCCAAAGCCCAGGCCGAUAUACUGGCCUUCCUGCGUGGGCAGGUGGACAAGGCUGAGGUCCACGCCGGUGUCAAGCUGGCCACCGAGUAUGCUGCUGUGCCUUUUGAUAGCUUCACUCUGCAGAAAGUAUACCAGCUGGAGACUGGUCUGACCCGCCACCCUGAGGAGAAACCAGUGAGGAAGGACAAGCGAGAUGAGCUAGUGGAAGCUAUCGAAUCAGCCCUGGAGAGUCUAAACAGCCCUGUGGAAAGCAGCCCACACCAGCGCCCUUACACGGCUGCAGACUUCAUAGAAGGGAUCUACCGAACAGAAAGGGAUAAAGGCACUUUGUAUGAGCUGACCUUCAAAGGGGACCACAAGCAUGAAUUCCAACGACUUGUCCUAUUUCGACCUUUUGGCCCCAUCAUGAAAGUGAAGAAGGAAAAGCUCAACAUGGCCAACACACUUAUCAACGUUAUCGUGCCCCUAGCGAGGAGGGUGGACAAGUUCCGGCACUUCAUGCAGAACUUCAGGGAGAUGUGCAUCCAACAAGAUGGGAGAGUUCAUCUCACCGUUGUUUAUUUUGGGAAAGAAGAAAUGAAUGAAGUCAAAGGAAUACUUGAAAACACUUCCAAGGCUGCCAAUUUUAGAAACUUCACCUUCAUCCAGCUGAAUGGAGAGUUCUCCCGGGGAAAGGGACUGGAUGUUGGAGCCCGCUUCUGGAAGGGAAGUAAUGUCGUGCUCUUUUUCUGUGAUGUGGACAUCUACUUCACCUCUGAGUUCCUCAACACGUGUAGGCUGAACACACAGCCAGGGAAGAAGGUGUUUUAUCCGGUUCUUUUCAGUCAGUAUAACCCUGGCAUAAUCUACGGCCAUCAUGAUGCUGUCCCUCCCCUAGAACAGCAGCUGGUCAUAAAGAAGGAAACAGGAUUUUGGAGGGACUUUGGAUUCGGGAUGACUUGUCAGUACCGGUCAGACUUCAUCAACAUAGGUGGAUUUGACCUGGACAUCAAAGGCUGGGGCGGUGAAGAUGUGCACCUAUACCGGAAAUAUCUCCAUAGCAACCUCAUAGUGGUGCGCACGCCUGUACGGGGACUUUUCCACCUUUGGCAUGAAAAGCACUGUAUGGAUGAACUGACCCCUGAGCAGUACAGGAUGUGCAUGCAAUCAAAGGCUAUGAAUGAAGCAUCCCACGGGCAGCUGGGAAUGCUCGUCUUCCGGCAUGAAAUAGAGGCUCACCUUCGCAAACAGAAGCUCAAAGCCAGCAGUAAAAAGACAUGACCUCCUAGGCACAGAUUAGCCAAGACGUUUAAAUUUUGUGCCUUUGGCAGUUACUGAAGAAGUAGAUGCAACAAGGUAUAGACUUCCACAAAGGGCAACAAAGAAUCUGACUGAUGAGCGACAGAUGAAUGAAGAGUCUCGGGUUUCUGUUGGCUCUGUGUAUGGUGGUGACUCUGACUGUGUUUGCAGCCAAAUGAGCUCUCUGGUCCCUGCUUGCUGAAAUAGUCACAACCGCAGACCGGUUUCAGAAAACUAGAAGGAGCUGCAAGCGCACUGACUUCUCUUCUUUGGGUUGGUUACGUCAGAGGGCUUUGGUACUACUACAACUACCAAAGGCUCAGAUGGAGCUCUCGGACGGAGCAGAGGACCUGUGUGAAAAGUGGAGAUCUGACAUUAGUGUCCUCCACCAGACAGUGAGCAAAAUCAAAGGGACCUGGAAACAAACCAUCCAAACUGUCAUUUCCCUAGUAUUAACUAAAAAACAAACAAACA